GGGGUGAAAGUAAGGCGGUAUGGUCCAUGCAGAAUAAAGUGUGGUACGCCAUACCAGUUAAAAGUAAGUCUAUCACAAUUAAAACAACAAGCCCAAAAAACUACAGGCUAUUAUACCAUUAUUUGACAUUACUGCAUAUCAGCCGCAUAAAUAAUUAGCGAACUGACUGAAAAUCGGUUGGUAUACGCUCCAAAUGUAGUUGUGGUUUGAGGAGAACACUAACAUGUUGCCAAGGCAGAUGCGUUGCCGAAACGCCCGCGGACAAGACGGAGAUUAGUGGCCGAGACCGUGGCGCACGUGGACAUCCGUGGUUGCUUCAAUUCAGCUACAAGUGUAGGCCUAAUGACUUUGUCAAUGGGUCAGUGUCGCUUAAGUUUUUUUCCAACAAUAAUUUCGUCCUCCAGAUUAGAUCGAGGUCAUAUUGUAUUUGUGUCUCCCCUUUUCGUAGGCUAAUUAUAUAUGGACCAGACAUCGUUUUUAUUGAUCUGUUUGUCAGAGUCAGCAGAGUAGGCUCCCAUGUAUAUUUUAUCAUAGAAAAAAAGAGUGCGCGCACUUGGAUAUCCCGUACCCGUAAGAAAUUACAUCUACUUUCACCCUCUGUUUAUACGUAUUUUCAGCUGACGAAUGUCUAUAUUAUUUGGAAAAACCCUAUUCGUUCCGCAUACCCAUUAUUCUGGUGACUCAAUUCCCAGAAUGUGUAAAGGGCUGGCUGCAGGUCUAGUGGGCGGAGAUAAUCGCACCGAUUCUUGGAAAGUGAUUAGGGGGAAGGUAGUGGUGAGGUCCGAUUCCUGGCAGCAAGACCGAAAGACUGAAUUACUAUGAUGAAUUUAGACUCACCAGGAACGAGCUAAAUUUUUAUUUAUUUUUACACUGGCAUUCACAGUAACAGAUUUCAAAUAAUAAAAUGUGGACAGGCUCGGUGGCGGUGCGCAUGACGUCAGAAGCUCCGGUGUACUGAACAGUUCUCAGAAUAGAAUCACAGAGUAUAAUUCUUGGAAUUGGUUCAUUUUAAAAGCCGAACCCACACACCCUCCCGCACAUGCUAAGAACCCAUUUUAGAGACAACACUCAUCUGCUGCUCUGAAUCCUAUUUUUCUACAUUUCACAUUUAUUUUAGUGCUUUUUAAUGAGUUUAUUCAUUUUCGGAUGCGUCUCUAUUCACUGAACAUUUGCGUGAGACAUUAAUUAGAAUAAAAUAAUUACAUUCCUUUGUAUAGACCAGCUAUAUUUUCGUAAAAACCGCUGUGGAAUUAGACUAUUGUGGAAUAUUGAAGACUCACCAUCAUGAUUCUUUGUGUUCAAGGCCCCAGACCACUGCUGUCUGGCAGCCCCACAGAGGGCCCUGUGGGUAUGCGGACAGGGAGCAUCUCCUCACCUCACUGCCUUCACAGCACCCCUCCACAGUGGGACCCCACGAAUGACCUGCGCACCAUCGCCAAAAACUUCUUCUACCUUGAUACCUCAGGCUGGUACUGGGGAGCCAUCACAGCAGGUCAGGCCCAUGCAGCUCUCCAGGCAGCGUCAGAGGGGGCCUUUCUGAUUCGAGACAGCAGCCAUCCCCUGUACAUGCUGACCCUGUCUGUUAGGACUGCACGUGGCCCCACCAGUAUACGCAUCCAGUACAGUGGAGCCCGGUUUCUGCUAGACUCCAGCUCGCCAGCCCGACCCAGCAUUUUGUCCUUUCCUGACGUGCCUAGCAUGGUGCAGUACUAUGUAGGACCAACAAGGAAGGUGCAGAAGGGCAAGGUGGAGGAGACUCAUGGCGUACAGCCCGCCCAGAGGACAGUUCAGGAGAGCACAGUAGUGCUGAAGCUCAAGCGGGCCCUGCACAAGCCCCAGGCCUUCCCCUCCCUCCAGCACCUCACACGCCUCACCAUCAACCGCAGCACAGGCUGUCCGGACCAGCUGCCACUGCCACGCCCACUGGUGCGCUACCUGCAGGACUACCCCUUCCAUGUAUGAGGGUCCUCUGGUGCUGAAUUAAACGAAACAGUUCAACUAAACCUUGAGGAGCGCUGUCAGUAAGAGGCAGCUGGAAACAACAUCACUGCACUGGCAACUAAUGGAGCCACAUCAGACAUACGGUUGGUCAUGAGACCAUGUUUGGGAAAGAACCUUCCAGAAAAUGGUGCCUGGUUUUGGAUUUCUCAGAGGGAAGUGGGGUUCUGUGUACCACCCCCAUUCAGAGGUGAUUGACUGGAAAACACAUGGUGCUAACUGUGGUGUAUCCUCAUGCUAUGAGGGGUAACGUUUUCUUUCUGUUUCUGAGCAGUGAAUUGCUUUUCAGUCACAGAUGUAAAUUGUUUAAUUUUUUGUUUAAGUCAACAUUGUCAUUUUUUACCCCCCCGACACUGUACAUAUCCCUUUUUUUAUUAAAACAAUAUUAAAUGA